AUGGCGGCUGAGCUGCACCCGCGCAGCGGAAAACUGAUCGGCCUUUCGAAUUCGAACAGAACCGCUCAGCGGAACCAACCAGUCCAAGAAUUUAACCACGGGUUGGUUCUAAGCAGAGAGCCGCUGAGGGACCAGGAUGUAUUCACCGUCCGUAUUGACAAGAAGGUAAACAGAGCUGUCACUUUGGGUCGGGGGGGGGGAAGAGAUGGGGAAUGCGAGGAGAGAGUGCAUCCCGUGCGAGUGGGACGGGGUCUCUGUUGUCCGCAGUGGUGCUCGUGCCUUAUUCAGUCCUGUUUGGGCGUGCGCAGUUUGACAAUCAAGCAGUACAGUGUUGAUAGGUUUACAAGCUAUCGUUUUAGCUGUAUCCUGUCCAAAAUGUACUGCAACACAUUUGCAUUGGCCCAUUGACAACAAAAAUUGUUCAACACAAUUAACUAGCUAGCUAGCCAGCUCACAUUCAUUGAUAGUAGUAGCAUGGGAUGGUGUUCGUGUGGUUAAGUCCAUAUUAUUAUACAGUAUAUUUUUUAGCCAUACUAGCGAGCUUUUUGUGUGUGGAUCGAACCAGCAAGAGCCCCUCUCUGUCAAAACACUGUAACGUUAGCUUUCAACGGCUAACUAGCUAUAGCUAGCCAUAUCAAUGACCUAUUAUUACCACGACCAACAUUGAGCCAGAUAGGUUCACAACAGGAUAAACUGCAUAGCAACGUUAGCUCGUUUAGCUAGCCAUGAGUUUGCUUGGUUGAAAUGUAAGGUAGCGAGCUACUGUAGCUAGAGCUCUAGCUAGCUAGCAGCAGUCACUUGGUUGACAACACAGACAGCAGCAUUUUUCAGUUGUUGACGUCCAGCUAGUCACAGAGAACGUCUACCUACAGCUAGAGGAGAGAAGCCAACUGGUUGAUUCAAGUUAACCUAUCCGUCAGGUAGGCCAUAUGUCACUACUGUGGUCUUAACUGAGGUCUGCGUUGCCCUUUACCCUUCUUUUGCUUAUCAAGACCAGACAAUAUGGGGUUCUAUAUCUAUGGUGGUGUCCUAGUUGGUGCAUGGUCAACUCAAGACUAAAGUUGACAAAAACAACUGACCCUGUGUCAGUGGUUAGGGGGAAACCUCUCCCUACUAUGAAUAGGCUCCUUCCUGAAAAGCAUAGCUGUAGUUUAUCUGGAUUAUUGGGCCUCUUUGUGAUACACAUUGGCUGCGUUUACACAGGCAGCCUAAUUGUGAACUUUUUUCUCUAAUUGGUGUUUUGACCAAUCAGAUUAGCUCUUUUGCCAAUCAUUUGGCAAAAACUCUGAAUUGUGCUGCCUGUGUAAACGCAGCCAUUGUGUAUCACAAAGAGGCCCAAUAAUCCAGAUAAACUACAGCUAUGCUUUUCAGGAAGGAGCCUAUUCAUAGUAGGGAGAGGUUAUUCGAAGUUGACCGACUGACUGAUCUACAAAUCACCUUGCAUCAUAAAUAACUAACUACUCAUUAUUAUUUGUAGAUCAAUCAGUCACCAUUUACCCACAAUAUACAGUGAGGGGGAAAAAAGUAUUUGAUCCCCUGCUGAUUUUGUACGUUUGCCCACUGACAAAGAAAUGAUCAGUCUAUAAUUUUAAUGGUAGGUUUAUUUGAACAGUGAGAUACAGAAUAACAACAAAAAAAUCCAGAAAAACGCAUGUCAAAAAUGUUAUAAAUUGAUUUGCAUUUUAAUGAGGGAAAUAAGUAUUUGACCCCCUCUCAAUCAGAAAGAUUUCUGGCUCCCAGGUGUCUUUUAUACAGGUAACGAGCUGAGAUUAGGAGCACACUCUUAAAGGGAGUGCUCCUAAUCUCAUCUUGUCACCUGUAUAAAAGACACCUGUCCACAGAAGCAAUCAAUCAAUCAGAUUCCAAACUCUCCACCAUGACCAAGACCAAAGAGCUCUCCAAGGAUGUCAGGGACAAGAUUGUAGACCUACACAAGGCUGGAAUGGGCUACAAGAACAUCGCCUUGGUAAGCAGCUUGGUGAGAAGGUGACAACAGUUGGUGCGAUUAUUCACAAAUGGAAGAAACACAAAAGACCUGACAAUCUUCCUCGGCCUGGGGCUCCAUGCAAGAAGGCAGCUGGGGCCAUAGUCACCAAGAAAACAAUUGGUAACAUGCUACGCCGUGAAGGACUGAAAUCCUGCAGCGCCCGCAAGGUCCCCCUGCUCAAGAAAGCACAUAUACAGGCCCAUCUGAAGUUUGCCAAUGAACAUCUGAAUGAUUCAGAGGAGAACUGGGUGAAAGUGUUGUGGUCAGAUGAGACCAAAAUCGAGCUCUUUGGCAUCAACUCAACUCGCCGUGUUUGGAGGAGGAGGAAUGCUGCCUAUGACCCCAAGAACACCAUCCCCACCGUCAAACAUGGAGGUGGAAACAUUAUGCUUUGGGGGUGUUUUUCUGCUAAGGGGACAGGACAACUUCACCGCAUCAAAGGGACGAUGGACGGGGCCAUGUACCGUCAAAUCUUGGGUGAGAACCUCCUUCCCUCAGCCAGGGCAUUGAAAAUGGGUCGUGGAUGGGUAUUCCAGCAUGACAAUGACCCAAAACACACGGCCAAGGCAACAAAGGAGUGGCUCAAGAAGAAGCACAUUAAGGUCCUGGAGUGGCCUAGCCAGUCUCCAGACCUUAAUCCCGUAGAAAAUCUGUGGAGGGAGCUGAACGUUCGAGUUACCAAACGUCAGCCUCAAAACCUUAAUGACUUGGAGAAGAUCUGCAAAGAGGAGUGGGACAAAAUCCCUCCUGAGAUGUGUGCAAACCUGGUGGCCAACUACAAGAAACGUCUGACCUCUGUGAUUGCCAACAAGGGUUUUGCCACCAAGUACUAAGUCAUGUUUUGCAGAGGGGUCAAAUACUUAUUUCCCUCAUUAAAAUGCAAAUCAAUUUAUAACAUUUUUGACAUGCGUUUUUCUGGAUUUUGUUGUUGUUAUUGUCUCUCACUGUUCAAAUAAACCUACUAUUAAAAUUAUAGACAUAAUUUCUUUGUCAGUGGGCAAACUUACAAAAUCAGCAGAGGCUCAAAUACUUUUUUCCUUCACUGUAUCAUGGAUUUGAUGCUCUCCAACACGGCCAACGUUUUGAGCCCUAAUUUAUCUUUUAAACUGCAUGUAGUCCUAUGCUAACCGUUAGUUACUGUUGCUGUUAUAGGUCUGCCUGCCAAUGCAGCAUUUAGACUUAUCUCUAUGCCGACCACAGCACCUAGUUUGCCUGUUAUCCAUGAUUACCGGUCUGCCAGCCUGCUGGCACGUUGGUGCCCCUCACACCUGUGGGUUUUUGGCAGAGGGCACGAGUACUGUCUCCUCGAAUGCCAUUUUAGCCUAGGAGCCAACUGGGGUAGCACACAGCUCAGUGAACACAUAUAGAGGGCUUAUUCUUCAACCACUUGUAAUGCAACUCUAGAAAUCACUAGCUAGCUUCAUGGAUAACAAACUCGCACAACAAGCCUUCACAUGAAGAGCAUAGCUAACUAGAUAGAUAACAUUAACAACAGAUAGGCCUAUAUCCCUCCCGGCAGUGAGUGACCCGAUAUGUUUUCUCACUGGCGAUAGUUUCACGGCCAGUAUCAUCACAUGUAUUGAAGUUAUAAUGGACCCCUAUCCGUAAUUGCAUGACGGAAAUCAAUAUCUGUGCUGUACAGUCAGUGCAACAAACUUGGCGUUGUUGCUACAGUAAUGCUAUAUAUAGACAUUGAUAGAGCUUGUGUCUUGUCCUGCAAUCGGACAACAGGCAAAUGCACCAAAACCAAGCUGCUAGAUUGAUAUACAACAGCUUGUUCUGUGUGGAAUAGGAUGGUGUUGAUAAUAGUGACAGUAGCCUAUUAUGCAGGAUGGUAGUUUUGUAAGCAGUAGUGUAGUAUCUCUCCCCUGGCUGCUAGUCUUUGUAGUGUGUGUGUGUCAGAGAGAGAUAAGGAGUUGCAGCAGCUUGUAUUCACAGAUCUGUGUUUGUUUGUUUUUUCUGUGUUCACGUUCGUUUGCAGAUUUGUGUGUAUGUGUGCUGGAGAGAGAGUGUGUUUUAGUGUGUGUGUAUAUGAGAGAGAGAGAGGGUCUACAUCAGAUCUAGAAUGAUGUGCUUGCAAGGAUGAAUGCCGUAAUGCCAGAUGUUGUGAUUUUCAGUAUCACAAAAUGUGUAGGCCAAAGUCACCACAUUUUGUGGUAAUGAAAAUCACAACAUCUGGCAUUACAGCGUUUGUCCUUGCAAGCACAUCAUUCUAAAUCUGAACACCUAGCUAACACACACACACACACAGCCCUGUAAAACCCCUCUAGAUCAGGGCUCUACGCUGACCUUUUUUACAGUUGAAAAAUUUAGGCGCACAAAAAUAAAUUUAGGAGCACUGGUGCACAUAUGCGAGUAAAAUGGUUGCACUUUAGAGCCCUGCGCUAGAUUGCAUUCCUCUGCCUCAGUUUAAAGUAUAUUAUUGACUCUUGGUCCAUCUUUAACCUAGCUCAACAUCUUGUACUCUCUGACCUGCCGCCUUCUGUCCUCGCAAUCUGUAGGCCUACUGUGAUACAUUUAUGGACUUGUUUUCAUUUGAUUGACUUUACUCUGUGUUUGCUUUUUGGUCUUCAAGUCAAAUGUGAGUUUGUUGUUCACAGAAUGUGCACUUAUCAGGAGUUGGCUGUUGAUAGAUAACAUGUAAAUAAAUGUACUCCAUAAAUUAAAGGACAAAGGACUCCGUAAAUUAAAGAUUAACAAAAAUAAUUGUAUAUAUAUAUAUAUAUAUAUAUAUAUAUAUAUACACACACACACACACACACACACACACACACACACACACACACAGUGGGGAACAAGUAUUUGAUACACUGCUAUUUCGCAGGUUUCCUACUUACAAAGCAUGUAGAGGUCUGUAAUUUUUAUCAUAUUGUAUGAAAAUCACAUUGUAUGAUUUUUAAGUAAUUAAUUUGCAUUUUAUUGCAAGACAUAAGUAUUUGAUACAUCAGAAAAGCAGAACUUAAUAUUUGGUACAGAACCUUUGUUUGCAAUUACAGAGAUCAUACGUUUCCUGUAGUCUUGACCAGGUUUGCACACACUGCAGCAGGGAUUUUGGCCCACUCCUCCAUACAGACCUUCUCCAGAUCCUUCAGGUUUCGGGGCUGUCGCUGGGCAAUACGGACUUUCAGCUACCUCCAAAGAUUUUUCUAUUGGGUUCAGGUCUGGAGACUGGCUAGGCCACUCCAGGACCUUGAGAUGCUUCUUACGGAGCCACUCCUUAGUUGCCCUGGCUGUGUGUUUCGGGUCGUUGUCAUGCUGGAAGACCCAGCCACGACCCAUCUUCAAUGCUCUUACUGAGGGAAGGAGGUUGUUGGCCAAGAUCUUGCGAUACAUGGCCCCAUCCAUCCUCCCCUCAAUAUGGUGCAGUCGUCCUGUCCCCUUUGCAGAAAAGCAUCCCCAAAGAAUGAUGUUUCCACCUCUAUGCUUCACGGUUGGGAUGGUGUUCUUGGGGUUGUACUCAUCCUUCUUCUUCCUCCAAACACGGCGAGUGGAGUUUAGACCAAAAAGCUCUAUUUUUGUCUCAUCAGACCACAUUGCCUUCUCCCAUUCCUCCUCUGGAUCAUCCAGAUGGUCAUUGGCAAACUUCAGACGGGCCUGGACAUGCACUGGCUUGAGCAGGGGGACCUUGUGUUCGCUGCAGGAUUUUAAUCCAUGACGGCGUAGUGUGUUACUAAUGGUUUUCUUUGAGACUGUGGUCCCAGCUCUCUUCAGGUCAUUGACCAGGUCCUGCCGUGUAGUUCUGGGCUGAUCCCUCACCUUCCUCAUGAUCAUGGAUGCCCCACAAGGUGAGAUCUUGCAUGGAGCCCCAGACCGAGGGUGAUUGACCGUCAUCUUGAACUUCUUCCAUUUUCUAAUAAUUGCGCCAACAGUUGUUGCCUUCUCACCAAGCUGCUUGCCUAUUGUCCUGUAGCCCAUCCCAGCCUUGUGCAGGUCUACAAUUUUAUCCCUGGUGUCCUUACACAGCUCUCUGGUCUUGGCCAUUGUGGAGAGGUGUCUUUUAUACAGGUAACGAGUUCAAACGGUUGCAGUUAAUACAGGUAAUGAGUGGAGAACAGGAGGGCUUCUUACAUUUUAGUCAUUUAGCAGACGCUCUUAUCCAGAGCGACUUACAAGAGCAAUUAGGGUUAAGUGCCUUGCUCAAGGGCACAUCGACAGAUUUUUCACCUAGUCGGCUCGGGGAUUAGAACCAGCGACCUUUCGGUUACUGGCACAACGCUCUUAACCACUAAGCUACCUUCUUAAAGAAAAACUAUCAGGUCUGUGAGAGCCGGAAUUCUUACUGUUUGGUAGGUGAUCAAAUACUUAUGUCAUGCAAUAAAAUGCAAAUUAAUUACUUAAAAAUCAUACAAUGUGAUUUUUUGGAUUUUUGUUUUAGAUUCAGUCUCUCACAGUUGAAGUGUACCUAUGAUAAAAAUUACAGACCUCUACAUGCUUUGUAGGUAGGAAAACCUGCAAAAUCGGCAGUGUAUCAAAUACUUGUUCUCCCCACUGUGUGUGUGUAUAUAUGUAUGUGUGUGUGUAUAUAUACAUACAUACACACACACACACACACACACACACAGUACCAGUCGAAAGUUUGGACACCUACUCAUUCAAGGGUUUUUCUUUCUUUUUUACGUGAAAGCGUAGAGUUUCUUCAAGUGUGACUGCACUUGAAGAAACUUUCAAAGUUCUUGAAAUGUUCCGUAUUGACUGACCAAUCAUGUCUUAAAGUAAUGAUGGACUGUAGUUUCUCUUUGCUUAUUUGAGCUGUUCUUGCCAUAAUAUGGACUUGGUCUUUUACCAAAUAGGGCUAUCUUCUGUAUCCCCCCCCACCUUGUCACAACACAACUGAUUGGCUCAAACGCAUUAAGACUGAAAUAAAUUCCACAAAUUAACUUUUAACAAGGCACACCUGCUAAUUGAAAUGCAUUCCAAGUGGCUACCUCAUGAAGCUGGUUGAGAUGAUGCCAAGAGUGUGCAAUGCUGUCAUCAAGGCAAAGGGUGGCUAUUUGAAGAAUCUCAAAUAUAAAAUAUAUUUUGAUUUGUUGAGUACUUUUUUGGUUACUACAUGAUUCUAUAUGUGUUAUUUCAUAGUUUUGAUGUCUUCACUAUUAUUCUACAAUGUAGAAAAUAAUAAAAAUAAAGAAAAACCCUUGAAUGAGUAGGUGUGUCAUAUAUAUAUAUAUAUUUGGAUUAAAAUUGGAACGCUAUACAAUGUAUUGUGCCUUACUGACUAGAUCUAAAAAUGGACAGAUAAAUAAAUAGAUGAAUGAGUAGCCUAAAUAAACUUCACUUCUUGCUGCAGGUGAACUCGUGGAGCGGCUCCGUAGAGAUCGGGGUGACUGCUCUGGACCCGUCUUGUCUCGAUUUCCCCAGCAGCGCUACUGGUCUGAAGGGAGGCUCCUGGAUCGUCUCUGGCUGCUCAGUCCUACGUGACGGCCGCUCCGUCCUAGAGGAGUACGGCCGUGACCUGGACCAGCUGGCCGAGGGCGACCGCGUGGGCAUACAGGUAGGUAGGCUAGUGGGUUAGAGAGGCGGACCUGUGGCCGGAAGGUCAACACCGGUUCAUGCCCUGGGCCGGGCACUGAAUUGGUAACAGGAGGGGUACUGGUCACUGAUCCUUGCCGUUGUGCCCUUGAGCAAGGCACUCAACCUCUACAAUUGCUCUCCAUCCAGGGACGCUGACCCUGUGCCUCUCAACUCUGUGUAUGUAUUUGGGGAGGUUGAGAUAGGCUAGGCAGAAGACCAAUGUCUGUUUCUCUAAAAAUGGACAAUGAAGUAUUGCUAUUCUUAUUUCUGUUCUACUCUACAGCGGAGCACCCGCGGCGAGCUCCACCUGUGGGUGAAUGGGCAUGACUGCGGUGCAGCUGCCAGCGGUCUCCCGACGCGCCUCUGGGCGGUGGUGGACCUCUACGGCAAGUGUACGCAAGUGACGGUGGUGAGCUGCGAGCCGCCCUCUUCGAUGGAGAGAGAUCCGGAGAGGGAGACGGUGGAGGGGCAUGAGGAGGUGGUGGUGUGCGGGGUCAGGGAGGUGGACACAGGGGAUCUGACGUCAGUGGUGAAUCUGGCAGCAGCAACUAAUGGGACAAACGGGACGACAGAGCAAGGUAGGAGUUGUUUUUGUUUGCUAUGUUUAUGUAUUAAAAGAGAGGGUUUGUUGUGUCAUUGUGUGAAAGGUUGUAGAAGGGUAAAUAAGGGAAAGACUGACUCCUGUCUCUCUCUCACUCUUGUUUCGUCUCUUUCCUCCUUUGUCUCAGUGCCGGAGCUCCCUCCUACUCACGACCGACCUGAGUUCCCCAACAACAUAGAUCCUGAAACGGGUACGAAAAUAAAACUCCCAAAAGCUCUACCUGAAUCUUUAUUACAUUUGGUCAAUGGUGCAAUAUUAUUGACUGUCCCUCGCCCUCCUUUUCUCUCUCUCUGGUCUCUCUCUCUGGUCUCUCCCUGGUCGUUCUUUUUUUCUGUCUAGUUCUGACGGAGCACCAGCUCUUUGACGUGUUCAACAAUGCCAUCGUGUCCCUCUACCGCUCAGAGGACGAGGGCGGAGGAGGGCGAGACUUGGGGGGAGGAACGGGGACAGACUCUGGGAAUGGAAGUAGAGGGGACAGGGGGAGCAGCAGCGGAGGGGGAGCUGUCAACAGUGACAGCGGGGGCGGGACCGGCAAUACCGGAAGCACCAAUAACAGCCCUGCAGGAGGGGCGGGACUUGGGGCGGUGACGGGCGGGAUGACGACCAAUGACGCGCUGCUGUUCCAUGAGAAGUGCGGCACGCUGAUCAAGCUGAGCAACAACAACAAGACGGCGGAGAGGCGACGGCCACUGGAUGAGUUCAACAACGGCGUGGUCAUGACCAACCGGCCGCUCCGACACAACGAGAUGUUUGAGGUGCGGCCAAUCACUGGCUCCGAUACUGAGAUGUGAAUGCUUAGAAGGGGCAGGGGCGGGGUUUAGAGCAAGAGCGAGUUUUUAAUAAUGUUUGCUAACUCUUAAUAAUGUUGUCCUUCAUAAAGAAUACACGCGCUGUCAUAUUAAUGGUAAAACAGAUAUAUAACUGACACCAGCUGUCAUAACUGUUUACGACAUGUUUAUGACAUCUGUUACAACGGCGGGGUCAAGUAAAGUGUCACCAUUUUGCUAUGACAUAUCACAACUUAAAGCUACUCCUCUUCAUAUGAUAGAGCUGGAGGCUUCAGAUUUAGACAAUUAAUAUUCAUAAUGCUACUGCCACAGGCUGUGAAUAGAUUAGUACAUUUUCAUUUGGAUCUGCUGAAUUGCAGCUUGAUAUGAAUAAUAUAUUGUAAAAUGGAAAAUCAGUGAAUGUUCUGGAGGAUACAGGGUGAGAGAAUUCACUAGACACCAAAUGGACCGAAGCUGGGAGGGACUGCCUGAACUUGUCCAAUAAUAAACGCUUACUUAUUUUUCAGUCGUUGCAAAACGUUUUGCUACAGUGUGUGCUAAUGAAUAUACGCCCCUGGUUUCUGUUGCCACAGAUCCGCAUAGAUAAGCUGGUGGACAAGUGGUCGGGGUCGAUUGAGAUCGGCGUGACGACACACAACCCCAACAACCUGGACUACCCUGCCACAAUGACAAAUCUGCGCUCAGGUACGUAACGCACACACACACACACAGAACGGCAAGAUACAUUCUACAAGAUUAAACAUGUGUGCAGUUUUUUGUAGAAUAGAUCAUGUUACAGAAUGUAUUAAGUUCAUGCAACACUGUGUGUGGGUGUUUGUGCGGAUGCCUGUGUGUGUGUGUGUGUGUGUGUGUGUGUUUCUUGCCCUCCCAGGUACAAUCAUGAUGAGUGGCUGUGGGAUCCUGACUAAUGGCAAGGGGACCCGUCGGGAGUACUGUGAAUUCAGCCUGGACGAACUGCAGGUCAGUACCAAACACACACAACCUAACACACACACACACACACACACACACACAACCUAACACCAUAUGUGUCACUGUCGUCCAGGAAGGGGAUCACAUAGGCCUGAUGCACAAGGCCAGCGGAGCUCUUCACUUCUACAUCAAUGGCAUCGACCAAGGUGAGAGUGACACGCCAGGAGCAUCCGUCAAUGUAACGAGGGAUUGAAUGGCUGUAGCGUGGUGUUGGAGAGAUAGGUGCUUAGAGCUCGUCGGUUGAUAUAGUAGUAACCUUGCGGUGACCUAACGACAGACAAAUCAUGAAGCAAAAAUGCAUGAAAUAUUUUAUUUAAUAAAAAUACACAUUGUUGAAAUGGUUGUUAUGUUUUGCAUACUUCUUGUAAUUUGAUGUAUUGCUUACCUGAUUGUCAUGCAGUGGUGAUUUUUGCCCCAUACAAUGUAAAACUCAUUGUCGGUUCAAGAAACACGUACAAUUGCAAAUCAUUAUCAUAUUUCAUCCAAACAUCCAAUUCUACCACAACCUCAACUUGAUCUCUGACCCUGCCCCCUAGGUGUGGCGUCGGCCCAGACACCUGCCGUGGUCUACGGCGUGGUCGACCUCUACGGCAUGGCGGUCAAGGUGACCAUCGUCCACAAUCACAACCACAGUGACCGGCUGCGUCGCAACAACGCCAUAAUGCGGGCGCUGUCCCCCGACGUGGGCCGCCCCCGGCACACCCUCUCCCUCACCUCGGACCCUGACACCACCGACCGCCUCCUCUUCCACUCCAACUGUGGGCAAAAGGCGGCCAUCAUCAGUGAAGGCAGGACAGCUCUUCGCCCUCAGUACGUAACCAUGGCCUUGUUCCAAACAAUAUUAUUACCAACUGUCUGUAAGAUUCAAAUGGUCAGUUUACGGCCGUUUUUGUAUAUGUAGAAAAUGACCAGUCGACUCCGUAGACAGUUUAGGAUAAGGAUAUAAUUUGCAACAUCAGAAAAACAGAUAUUUGGUUUCUCUAGAAAUAAUUAUUGAUGAUGCACUCCUAUUACACUCUCACAGGUCAAAAAUAUAAGCUAUUCUUAUGUGAUGACCUCUGACCCUGCCCCCUAGGCGUGGCAACAUCAUUACAGUCCAGUACCAACUCAAUGUCAUCAUUACUGUCCCAUGUAGCUCAGUUGGUAGAGCAUGGCGCUUGCAUGCCAGGGUUGUGGGUUCGAUUCCCACGGGGGGGCCAGUAUGAAAAUAAAUAAAUGUAUGCACUCACUAACUGUAAGUCGCUCUGGAUAAGAGCGUCUGCUAAAAUGACCCCAAAAACAAUUGUGCUUGCUCUUUGGGGUCUAGGCCGGGUUACUGUAAAAGUACUUUUUGACAACUGCUGAUGUUAAAGGGCCUUUAUAAAUAAUGACAUAUAUGUAACAUACCUUAUACAAUAUAUUACUAAAUAGAUAAAUGUACAAAUACAUUUGAUUGUGUGAAUUUUUCAUCGGGCAGUGCGACGGACGACUUCAACCACGGCGUGGUCCUGAGCGGCCGCCCACUGCGCUCCAACGAGGUGUUCCAGGUGCGCAUCGACAAGAUGGUGGACAAGUGGGCGGGCUCCAUCGAGAUUGGCGUGACCACUCACAACCCCGCCUACCUGCAGCUGCCCUCCACCAUGACCAACCUGCGCUCAGGUAAUACCAACCAAUCAGGUAAUACCAACCUCUUACCCCUAGACACCCCAGGUAAUACCAACCUCUUACCCCUAGACACCCCAGGUAAUACCGACCUCUUACCCCUAGACACCCCAGGUAAUACCGACCUCUUACCCCUAGACACCCCAGGUAAUACCGACCUCUUACCCCUAGACACCCCAGGUAAUACCGACCUCUCUUCUUUUAGGCUAGGUUGAGUUUCCACCUCAUACCCUUCCAAUCCUUUGAGCAGUGUCUAUGGAUAGGGGCUUUAUUUAUCUACUUUUCCAUACUCAAUGUACAGAAUGUUUGGAUAGAGGUAUAGAUUGGCUGAUUUGACGUUGACGUUCCUCAGGGACGUGGAUGAUGACCGGGAAUGGGGUGAUGCACAACGGAACCACCAUACUGGACGAGUACGGACACAACCUGGACCGACUCAAAGUGAGUGGGAGAUGUUCUUUACACUCAGCCUUAAUUUAUCUAACUCGAUCCCCCCCACCCACUUGAUCCCUCAUUAUCAACAUAUGACACUAUCAUUCUACUACUUACUGCCUGUUGUGCUUCGCAGUUGUUAGUUUAACACUCCGCUCUCUGUCUCUCUCUCUCUCCAGGCGGGGGACACGGUGGGCGUGGUGCGUAAGGAGGAUGGGAGCCUCCACUUCUUUGUGAACGGGGUGACACAGGGCCCGGCAGCGUGGAACGUCCCGCCCAGCGUCUACGCCGUGGUGGACCUCUACGGCCAGGCCGCGCAGGCCACCAUCAUGGACGACAUGGGUGAGAGGGAUGAUGGGGGAGGAAGGGGUGAGAGACAGGAGUGGAGAAGUUAGAGGUUCACAAGAACAUUCUAAAGGCUUCUAGUGUGUCACCGAUCAAAAAGGUUUUGUAUACCGAUUACAUGGGAAUGCAUCUGUAGGUAGUAUGUGAAUUUCCUCAUUCAACUAGCUUUGUCUCAACAACCAUUCAUGACUAACCCCACCUCUCUCCCCUCUCUAGCGGACCUCCCCCCUCUCCCCGAGGACAGCUCGGAGGGCCCAACCGUCAUGUCGCCCGGCAGCCCAUGCUCGGUCGCCGGGGACAACAGUGCCAACGACCUGCGCUUCCACCAGCUGCACGGCACCAACGCAGUGAUCACCAACGGGGGGCGCACCGCCUUCAGACAGAACUGUCGCUCCGAGUUCAACGACGCCAUCGUCAUCUCCAACAGGUCAGUGUGACGCACACACACCAACGUCAUCUCCAACAGGUCAGUGUGACGCGCACACACACCAACGUCAUUUCCAACAGGUCAGAAUGUACACACACACACAUCAUUUGUGUGUCCUGACUGUGUCUUGUCCAUUGCCAGGUGCCUUCGAGACGGAGAGCUCUUUGAGAUAGUCAUUCAGAAGAUGGUGGACCGUUGGUCGGGGUCAAUAGAAGCAGGUAAGAUAAUGGCAGGUAAGGUGUUUUUAUUUCAUCCCCCUCUACCUUCUCACACAGCCCUAUCCACGCUCACAGCAGAGGGGUGAUAUGUUUGUGUGUGUGUGUUCUAUCCAGGUGUGACUGCCAUCAGGCCAGAAGAGCUGGAGUUUCCUAACACUAUGACUGAUAUAGAUUACGACACCUGGAUGCUUAGGUAAGGGUUUAUGUUUGUUCGUGUUCAAACUCGGGUCUCCUGCUCGCCUGUUUUAGCCCACUGAGCUAAAGCCUAUUCGCUCAGGGAGCUAAGGAAAGUUUUCAGGUCUGUUCGGACAUGCGCGCGUCACCUAGCGGUCUUUGUUACGCCUGAAGAAACAGUGUAAUUCUAACUUUUUAUCUCUCCUCUGCCACCCCAGUGGCACGGCCAUCAUGCAGGACGGCAACACCAUGCGUAACAACUACGGCUGUGACCUGGACUCUCUGACCACGGGCAGUAGGAUCGGCAUGAUGCGCUCGGCCACCGGCGACCUCCAUUACUACAUCAACGGGGUGGACCAGGGUGUGGCCUGCACCGGGCUGCCGCCAGGUAAAGGUGAAUGGAACCAGUUAUCAUGCACACCUUAUCACGACCCCAUAUAUGGGCUAGGGGUCUGGGGGGAAGAAAAGCUCAUGAAUUGAUUGAAAUGGAAUUGAUAGUGUUUACUAUGCACUUUUUAGUUAGCUGCUACAAGCGUCUCUGAAUAAAUACACAUAGCAGCUCUUUUGUGCUAAAAUAUCACUGCUAUUUUGUUUAAUAUUUUACUUUUUAUUUAUCAAUGUUCGUCUCAUUAAGAUUAAAUAUCUUGGUCAAGGGAGACUUUCCAAAAAUGGUGAAACCCUCUCUCCCUCCCUCCUUCCCUCCAUUAGAGGUGUAUGCGGUGAUAGACCUUUAUGGUCAGUGUGUUCAGGUGUCCAUCACCAGUUCCUCUGGCCCUCUGGACAACAGUCUGUGUACCAGCAACAUAACAGAGAAGAGCUUCCCCAUACACUCACCAGGUAACCACCAUGGACAUGUGUGUUUUCUCUCCGGUUCUGGAUUUAAAUAAGUUGUUAAACGACAGACCGUAAAUAAACUGACUCGCAUCUCCUUUUUCCCUGUGCGUGUGUCUCUCUCUGUACAUACGUGUGUGUGUGUGUGUGUGUGUGUAGUGGCAAGCGUGGCACACCGGCUCCAUAGUAAACAUGGUAAGAACGUGGUUCUGCUGGGAGAGGGCUGCCAGGCCGUCCGGGUGGGAGGAUACGCUCACGGCAUCGUCUUCAGCGCCAAGGAACUGAAAACAGACGAACUGUUCGAGGUGAGCCAGGGUAGAGGGAAUACAAUGGAGAGAUAGUCAAGGUGUGAAAGUAGAGUUGAAGGGUACGAGCUGGGGUGGAGUUUAGCAUAGUUUAUUUUCUACUGCUCUUAUACAGUGAGGGGGAAAAAAGUAUUGAUCCCCUGCUGAUUUUGUACGUUUGCCCACUGACAAAGACAUGAUCAGUCUAUAAUUUUAAUGGUAGGUUUAUUUGAACAGUGAGAGACAGAAUAACAACAAAAAUAUCCAGAAAAACACAUGUCAAAAAUGUUAUAAAUUGAUUUGGAUUUUAAUUAGGGAAAUAAGUAUUUGACCCCCUCUCAAUCAGAAACAUUUCUGUCUCCCAGGUGUAUUUUAUACAGGUAACGAGCUGAGAUUAGGAGCACACUCUUAAAGGGAGUGCUCCUAAUCUCAUCUUGUUACCUGUAUAAAAGACACCUGUCCACAGAAGCAAUCAAUCAAUCAGAUUCCAAUUAUUCCAAAUUAUAGACUGAUCAUUUCUUUGUCAGUGGGCAAAUGUACAAAAUCAGCAGGGGAUCAAAUACUUUUUCCCCUCACUGUAGGUCAUUAGAAUUGAGGAAUUGUAAAUUGUAUUAUUUCCAUCCAGAAAAACAAACAAAUGCUUAAUCAAUCCAUUUUACCAUCGCUAGUCCUUGGUUUGUUGUCAAUCUACUCAUCCACUUCUUCCUUUCCCACCACCCCCCCCCCAUCCCCAGGUGAAGAUAGACGAGGUAGAUAACCAGUGGUCUGGUUCCCUCCACAUGGGUCUGACCAGCCUGGCCCCCCCAGAGCUGCCCUCCUGCCCUAUGUCGGGCCUGUCCCCCUCCCUCACACAGCUCCGCACCAAGGUCACCUGGCUGCUAGUGGGGUCAGAGGUCAGACGCAAUGGGGUCCUCCAAAGACAGAACUACGGGGCAUCCCUGGACAGACUGACGGUGAGAGAAGGGAAGAAAGAAAUAUAUAGGGGGAAGGAGAGGGGGGAGAGGGAACAACGUCAUUAUUAUACUCCAAUAGUCUCUAGAAAAAUGAGUGCAUUUGGAACAGAUUGAAGGAUUGAGAUGAAUACAGAAAUAGGAUGGAUACUGAGGUGGAUUCUGUGUCUAGGUGGGGAACCGCGUGGGGGUGAAGAGAUGCAGUGAUGACACCAUGCACGUCCUCAUCGACGGAGAGGACAUGGGACCAGCUGCUACCGCUGUGGCCAAGGUGCGCACACACACACACACACACACACACACACACACACACGUUCAAUUAACACACACACAAACACUUAAUGAACGUACAAACUGUUCUCUCAUCCAUACGUCAUAUGUGUUCAAUUCUCACACACACACCACACCACCCCACUAACCCCAAUCUCUCUCCCCUCCCUGUAGAACGUCUAUGCGGUACUGGACCUGUAUGGUCGUGUGACGGCUGUGUCCAUUGUUAGUUCCUCAGUGCUGGGGGACGCAGAGAGCAUCAAGGCCCCCUCCCUCUCCUCAGACAGCUGCAGCGAUGGAGAGGAGGACAGCACGCCGGUGAGACACACAGAGAGAGGGAUGUAGUGGGAUGGGAGGGGAUAGGAGACCUAGGGAUGGGAAGGCGGGGCAGAUGGACAGCAUGCUUUUGCCUGGACCUUCAGAGUGAAACAAGCUUGACAGCUAUCUAAAGUUAGACUAAUGUGUCUUCUAAAGUAAGAACAUUUGUACAUUUUUAUUUUGUAGCUUUUUUUCAUGCAAAUAUCUUUAAGGACAGUAGGAAGCCUACAACUGCUCCACAGGUGGUUUAAGAUUUGCACAAAUUGAGCAACAGAAGUAAACAAUAGUUUGUUGAUUUCUCUCUCUCUCUUCCUCCCCUCCAUCUAUCCAUCCAUCAGGUUGAGCGCACUAAGCCAGCCCUGGUGCCCAACACCGCCAUGGCCUUCCUGGAGAACCAUGGGAAGAACAUCCAGCUGUCCAAUCAGAACUUGACGGCCGCCCGUGUCUCCAGCUACAACCAGGGCCUCCUGGUCACAGCACAACCCCUGCCCAGACAACAUCUGUUCCAGGUAGCUACACUGUAGUGUGUGUGUGUGUGUGUCUGGAUUUUUUGAUUGGGGCAGCGUCGUUGUUUAGGGACACAUUAUAUAUUAUAGUGCGUUCUGUCACCAUUGUUUGUGACUGACAGUCCGACUGUCUCUGUUGCCAUAGUUUCAGAUCGACCGCCUGAACCCGUCGUGGACGUCGUCCCUGUCGCUAGGGGUGAUAGGCCACUCCCCCGACCGCCUCAACUUUCCCUCCACGGCGUGCUGUCUGAAACGCUCUGCCUGGCUGCUGCAGAGAGACUCUGUCUUCCACAACUCACUCAAGGUACUGGACACACCCACACACACACACACACACACACACACAGCACCCUUCACAACUCACUUUACUUGGCUUUUGAGAACUUUUGUCAUUUUAAAUGAACAACCUGAUCGAUUUUUUUUGAUUGAUUAAUCCUCUUUUUCACUUCCCUUCUUCCUUCCAUCAUUCCCUCCCCCUCUUUCCUCCAUCACUCCCUCCCCCUCUUCCCUGCAUCACUCCCUCCCCCUCUUUCCUCCAUCCCAGAUCUGUGAGAACUAUGGUCCUAACCUGGACACAUGUCCAGAGGGUACAGUAUUGGGUCUACUAGUGGAUGGGAACAGCUGUCUGCACCUCCAUGUGAACGGGAUGGACCAGGGGGUAGCAGCCCAGGACAUCCCCACCCCCUGCUACCCCCUCAUAGACCUCUACGGGCAGUGUGAACAGGUACGUCUGUCAUCCUCCCCCCAAAACAGUCAGAACUCUGAAUCUAACCCCUCUUAAAAGAGGUUGAGGGAAGUUAAAGUUCUACUUGCUUAGUGUAGCCACUGAUAUAACCCCCGGUAAAGCAGUUAACCCUAUUUUAAUAAUGAUUAACAGCCUCAGUGGAAAACUAAACCGCCACCCAGGCUAUCCCUCUGCACUUUUUACUUCUACACAAACAGUGUGCUUCCCAAAUGGCUCCCUAUAUAGUGCACUACUUUUUUAUCAGAGCCCUAUGGCCCCUGGUCAAAAGUAGUGCACUAUAAAGUGAAUAGGGUGCCAUUUGAGACCCAGUCCUACUCAGAUCCCCUUUUAGAUCAGUAGCUAGAAACCCUAAUCUGCUAGUCUGUUGCUCUAUGACCUCUAAUCCUGAAAUACAUCCACCUGGCCAAAGUCAUAAUCCCAAUCUCAUUUAGACACUCCGUCCUCAGUAGGUCUGUAACUCUGUAAUCCCAGCCCUCCCGUCAGGCCGGGUUUAAUAAUCUGUCUCCCAGCCUGGCCCUGUACAAUGUAAUCUGUUGUCACACUUCCUGGGGGCCGAGGGAAGUCAAGUCAGUGACACCCUCUGAUGUCGUUGGCAGGUUACAAUAGUGACUAACAACGUGCCAACCAUGGGAGGGGAGAGCGGCGAGGCGCGUUGCCAAGGCGACAUGGAGAAGGCGGACAUGGUUGAUGGUGAGAGGAUGAUGAUGUCAACUCAAAACAGGCCUUUUACAGUUGAUGAUGAUGAUGAUCAAUGUCUUUCAUAUUGUUGUUGUGUUAAGUUAUUUUCAUGUAUUCUAUAGAUGCAAAGUUUACCAAAUUAUUGUCCAUGUUGGCAUCAAAUGUUCUUUGACAGUAAAACAUUUUGAAUUCAAAGUAAUAUCAAACUCUGUGUACAACAUCUUUGACUGGCCUCAACCGGUGCUACCCUUUGACCUUUGCUAUCUGAACUCCAGGGAUCAAAGAGAGUGUGUGCUGGACGCCCCCUCCAGAGGUCAACCCCAACAAGACCUGUGAGUACCAGGCCCUGUGCUCGCGCUUCAAGGACCUGCUCACGCUGCCAGGUGAGUACCACACACAGUAAAAAAAAAAAAAAAACAUACUUUUUGCCUGAGUAACCUCCAGUGGCAGAGCAUUCCAUGAUUACAUGGCUCUAUACAUAACUGAGCAACACAUUCAAUCUGUUUUUGUUUUGGGUACAGUGAAGAAACCCAUAGUGGUGUGUCUGGUGGGGUGUGUCUGUUUGAAAUGUAUGCAAAUAGAUUAUACAUGUGGUUAGGCAUUUUCUACACACAAAUGUUUCUUAAGAAGACUAGAAGAGAAGUAGUCAAUUUCUCCUCAACCAUGAAAGACUAUCAGGGAUAUAGCUCAGUUGAUAGAGCAUGGCGUUUGCAACGCCAGGGUUGUGGGUUUGAUUCCCACGGGGGGCCAGUAUUAAAAAAAAAAAAAAAAAAAAAUUAUUCACUAACUGUAAGUCGCUCUGGAUAAGAGCAUCUGCUAAAUGACUAAAAUGUAAAAAUGUAAAAUCAUGCAUGUUGUUGAUGUUAGUUCUGUGUGUGAGUUAAGGGCAAGGCAUGCUGCUUUGUUUUGAGCCAGCUACAGCUUUGCUAGGUCUUUCUUUGCUGCACCUGACCAUAUUAGCAGACAGUAAUCAACAUGGGACAAUAUCAGAGCCUGAAAAUAUAGUACAGUUGAUCUUUGUGUCAAAAACGCAGAACAUAUCUUUAUAACAGACAUACACUACAUGACCAAAAGUAUGUGGACACCUGCUUGUCAAACAUCUCAGUCCAAAGUCAUGGGCAUUAAUAUGGAGUUGGUCCCCCCUUUGCUGCUAUAACAGCCUCUACUCUUCUGGGAAGGCUUUCCACUAGAUGUUGGAACAUUGCUGCGGGGACUUGCUUCCAUCCAGCCACAAGAGCAUUAGUGAGGUCGGGCACUGAUGUUGGGCGAUUAGGCCUGGCUCACAGUCAGCGUUCCAAUUCAGGUCAGGGCUUUGUGCAGGCCAGUCAAGUUCUUCCACACCAAUCUCGACAAACCAUUUCUGCAUGGACCUCGCUUUGUGCACGGGGGCAUUGUCAUGCACGGGGAAAUUGUCAUGCGGAAAGGGCCUUCCCCAAACUCUUGCCACAAAGUUGGAAUCACAGAAUCGUCUAGAAUGUCAUUGUAUGCUGUAGCGUUAAGAUUUCCCUUCACUGGGAAAAAAGGGUCCUAGCCCAAACCAUAAACAGCCCCAGACCAUUAUUCCUCCUCCACCAAACGUUGAGUUGGCACUAUGCCUUUGGGCAGGUAGCGUUCUCCUGGCAUCCACCAAACCCAGAUUCGUCCAUUGGACUGCCAGAUGGUGAAGCAUGAUUCAUCACUCCAGAGAACACGUUUCCACUGCUCCAGAGUCCAAUGGUGGUGAGCUUUACACCACUCCAGCCAAAUCUUGGCAUUGCGCAUGGUGAUCUUGGGCUUGUGUGCAGCUGCUCAGCCAUGGAAACACAUUUCAUGAAGCUCCUGACGAACAGUUCUUGUGCUGACAUUACUUCCAGAGGCAGUUUGAAACUCUGUAGUGAGUGUUGCAACUGAGGACAGACGUUCUGUGAGGUUUUUUGGCCUACCACUUCGCGGCUGAGCCGUUGUUGCUCGUAGACGUUUGCACUUCACAAUAACAGCACUUACAGUUGACCGGGGCAGCUCUAGCAGGGCAGAAAUAUGACGAACUGACUUGUUGGAAAGGUGGAAUGCUAUGACGGUGCCACGUUGAAAGUCACUGAGCUCUUCAGUAAGGAGAUUGCAUGGCUGUGUGCAUGAUUUUAUACACCUGUCAGCAACGGGUGUGGCUGAAGUAGCCGAAUCCACUAAUUUGAAGGGGUGUCCACAUACUUUUGUGUUUUAUAGUGUACCUCUCCCCAUCUUCACAACAACUUUGUUAAUAUGACUUGACCAUGAUAACUGACCAUCCAGUGUUACUUCUAGGAGUUCAGCUUGAUCAAUGGUCACGCCCUUUAUGCACAACUCCAUUUGAGGUUUAGGUAUAAGAGAAUGCUUUGAACCUAAUGCAAUGCUUUUCUGCGAGCUCACUGGGUGUAGGUGCUGAUGUGUAGUGUGCAAUCAUCAGCAUACAUAGUCAUUUUAGCUUAUUGUAAGACAAGUGGCAAAUCAUUUGUAAAAAUAGAUAAGAGUAAUGGCCCAAGGCAACUGCCCUGAGGGAUACCACACUGUAAACAUCUGACGUUAGAGAAGUUUCCAUUGAAGGGCACUCUCUGGGCUCUAUUGGAUAAGUAACUCUCCAAUCGUAUGAUAUAAAGCCAUAACAACUUAGUUUUUUCAAUAACAUCAAAGGCUGCACUAAAAUAUAAUACAGCUCCAGCUAUCAUCUUAUUAUCCACUUAUUUAAGCCAGUCAUCGGAGUCCGUGCAGUACAAGUUUACAGCCUUUCUCUAGAUGCAUGCUGAAAGUCAGUAGGUAACUUGUUCUUUGAAAAAUAGCGUUGUAUUUGUUCAAACACAAUUUUCUCCAUCACUUUACUAAGAACAGGCAGCAAACUGAUUGGUUGGCUGUUAGCGCCAGCAAAGGAUGCUUUACAAUUUUUAGGUAGUGAAAUUACUUGAGCUUCCUUCUACGCCUGUGGACACAAACACUCCUUUAGGCUUUGGUUAAAGACAUGGCAAAUAGGGGUGCCAAUAGUCUGCUACCAUUCUCAAUAGUUUCCCGUCUAGGUUGUCAAUAGAGCCCCACAGUGGAUGUGUCAUAAUACCCAUAAAACCUAGAGGUCAAGCAGGGAAAUGGUUCCAAUCAUUUUUACCAAUUUUAGAAACACUUAAAAUAUGGGCAGUGUUUCGUGCAGGCUUACCCUGGCGUGACGUUUUGAUAACCAUGUAAAUCUCUCUUGGACAAGGUGACUUUUAUCAAGAUAUUCGGCUCUAUUUACUCUCAGAUUUGAAAAUGCUAAUUAGCAUCAAAGUAGACAUCAUGCAAGACUACAAAUCCCUACAAGCUCCUGCAUGCCAUCUCUAGCAGAAACCUUUGCUAACAGGUAUCGUGUCAAUUUAAAACUUGCACAAGAGAGUUUACAGAAUUGUCAAUUUUAAAGACAUUUAGAAAGUGUAUGAAUUACUAAGUUGAGUUAACAUUAGAUAGUUACUUUUGAUUGAUUCUGCAGUCUUGUCCCGAUCAUCAUGGCAUUUGUAGUUCUUUAUAAUAGCCACAUUAGCAGCUAAUUAGCAUGUAAUUUUGGGGGGAUAAAUACAGGCAAAUAUAUUGAUAAAAGUCACCUUGUCCUAGAGAGAUUUACACGGUUAUCAAAACGUCACGUCAGGGUAAGCCUACACAAAACACAGCCCUUAUUUUAAGUGGUUCUACAAUCCCCUAUGGGAAAAAUGAAUGGUGGAAAAACUAUUGGAACCAUUUCCUUGUUUGACCGUUAGGUUUUAUGGGUCUUAUGACUCAUGCUGUGGUACUCUACCUGGUGGCUUAUCAUUCUUGACACAAACUUGACCAAAUUCAAAUAGCAAUCCUUCUCUUUCAUUAUUAGAUCUUCAAUCCACAUGUCAUUUCACUUCUGUUUGUCCACUUUAGCAUAACUAGAGCACUCUCUGGGUUCUAUUGGGUAAGUAACUCUCCAAUUGUGUGAUGGCAGGUGACGUAAAGCCAUAAGUUAGUUUUUUCAGUAACAAAUGAUGAUCUAUAACUUCAAAGGCUGCACUAAAAUCUAACAAUACAGAUGUUAGGAAUUGGAUAAUAAUAAUUUAAAACCAUUUAAUAAUUGGAUAAUUAUAUUUCUGAUAAUAACAAAGAAGGAAUGAAUGGUUUUUGAGCAGAUUAUAUUCAGCAGAUGCCUUAUCUGGUUGAGCUCGGCUGCAGCAGGGUGCUCUAUUCUUCGUGCCACUUCUGCAUACUGUAGCUGUCUUGCUGGACUGUUGGUCUCAAUGGUGGAGGGGGGUGCUGUCCUGUCAGCAUGGGGGGUAGUGGCGUGGGGGGGGCAUGUUAUCCAGUUGAGUAUCCUUGGCUCAGUCAUAACUCUUCUCCAUCUUUGUUGUUCUCUCUCCCUCCCCCCCCCCGCUCUUUCUCUAUAUCCUCUCUCCCCCCUCCCCCUAUCCAUCUCUCUCAGAUGGUUACUUCAACGAGGAUGCCAAGUAUAACCUGUGUUACUGUGAGUCGUGCCACAAGCUGCGGGGGGACGAGGCCUACUACAAGAGAGGGGAGCCCCUCCGGGACUACGCCCUGCCCUUCGGCUGGUGCUGCUUCGCUCUGAGGUCAGAGGUCGCAAAAAGCCAAUCAAGUGGACUGCAAAAACUGUCUUCAACCAAUUACGUUAGAUCAGUCACAGUGCUAUUCAUGUCCACUGAAUUAGUUUAAUCUAGUUCAAUUAACUAAUUCAUUAAUUGAUUAAUAGAUCUUAUCUAUUCUCACCUUGGCAAAAGAUAAGGGAAGAAUGUGAAUAGAAAUGGUAUACAGUUUAAACUUUGAGAACUGGCUUUGAGAAUCAAUGUCCUGGGACACAGGUAGAAGGGUUAUCUAACCAUUUUGUGUGUGUGUGUAUUCUCCCUCCCUAUAGGAUCAAGCCCCACUGCGAGGUGUCUAAUGCGUUUAAGAAGUGGCACAUAGCCUACCACGGCACCAGUGUAGGGGCUCUGAGACGCACCCUGGACCAUGCUCAGCUGCUCUCUGGUACGACACAGCAUUUUGUUUCCUUAUCCACUUUUUUGGACCCAAAAAAGAUUGUGAAUUGACCACUGGUCACCUUAUUUUGAUGAGCAUAUCACCUCAAGGUGUUGUUUCUCUCCGAAAGCAAUAAGCAGAUGUCUAGCCUUUUUAAACUUAUGGUUGAUUUCCAGAACAAUUUCUAUCAUCAAGAAUCAUGAUGGUGUUGUAAAUUAACUAACCCAUGUUGUCUUGGUGUUGCAGGGACGUCGUCCAUCUUCUCUGUGUCUCCGGUAAAGAUGGAGGGUCCUAAUGGCUACAGUGAGCCAGAGGAGAACAGCAACAGCCUCCCCGACAGGGAACGAGACAGGGACAGGGAGGUGCCCCGGGUACAGUUGUCCCCCACCAUGCGCUACUCCGGACUGGAGAUGUUCGCCCCUAAAGUGCAGUAUGUGUCAUCACAACAAGGAGAAUAUUCUAUUUCCUGUCUUUACCUUGAUUUCUCUAUCGUUGUCUCUCUCAUGCUCUUACCUUUUUAUCUGCCUUUUGCUCUUAUUCAAAUUGAAGUAUACACCCAGUGGCCAGUCUAUUUUGGGUACACCACCCUGUUCACAAAAGUGUUUCGCGCCUAAAGACAGUGAGUCACGUGGCCGUGGCUUGCUAUAUAAAGCAGGCAGGCAUCAAGGCAUUCAGUUACUGUUCGAUUGAACGUUAGAAUGGGCAAAACGAGUGAUCGAAGCGUCUUUGAGCGUGGUAUGAUCGUCGGUGACAGGUGCACUGGUUCCAGUAUCUCAGAAACAGCCUGCCUCCUGGGAUUUUCACGCACGACAAUCUACGGAUUCCCGAGAAUGGUGCAAAAAACAUCCAGUCGGUGGCAGUCCUGUGGGCGAAAACAGCUGGUUGAUGAGAGGUCGAAGGAGAAUGGCAAGAAUCGUGCAAGCUAACAGGCGGGCCACAAUGGCACAGUACAAUAUUGGUGUGCAGAACGGCAUCUCGGAACACACAACUCGUCGUUCCUUGUCACAGAUGGGCUCUUGCAGCAGACAACCUCACCGGGUUCCACUCCUAUCAGCUAAAAUCAAGAAGAAGUGGCUCCGGUGGGCACGCGAUCACCAACACUGGACAACUGAGGAGUGGAAAAACAGAGCCUGGUCCGACGAAUCCUGGUUCCUGUUGCGUCAUGCUGAUGGCAGAGUCAGGAUUUGGCUUAAGCAGCCAUGAGUCCAUGGCCCCAUCCUGCCUGGUGUCAAUGGUACAGGCUGGUGAUGUAAUGGUGUGGGGAAUGGGUUUGUGGCACACUUUAGGUCACUUGAUACCAAUUGAGCAAAGUUUCCAUGCCCCGAGAAUUCAGGCUGUUCUGGAGGCAAAGGGGGGUCUGACCCGGUACUAGAUGGGUGUACCUAAUAAACUGGCCACUGGGUGUAUACUGUAUACCAUGAAAUUAUUAUGCUGUCUUGGUCUCCUCUGCCUUUUUCUUGCUUUUGUUCUCGCUCUUGUUCUUUCACUCUUUCUUUCAUUCUUAUUCCCAUAACUCCUGCUCUCCUCACUCUCCACUCUCUCCCUCCAGAUUCCGGGACCCUCGUUCUCACUGCUGUCACCAGGCCCAGGUGGGUUUCCAGGUGUGUGUGCGGCCGGGCUCCUACAAGGUGGGGCCCCAGAAACUUGGGGCCAGCGAGCCCCUUGACCCCCGCUUUAGCAACACAGAGAUCGAGUGGAUCACCAAGGAGCAGGGGGGCACCCUCCUCUACGGCCUUCUCAUACGGGUGGAGUGAGGGAGGGAUGAACGGCGGUAUGGAUAGAGUAGAGAUAAGGGAGCUUCUCUAUCCCAGCGGUGCCUCCAAAACCUCUACUCCAUCAACCAAAUUCCAGACUUUGAGACUCUUUGGAAUUUGGGGAAUUUCUCUCCUGUUGCUGGGGGGGGAUUGUUGACAUUGACAAUUCAGCAUUAUUUUAGUUUAUUUUGGACAAAUACAUUUUUGUUUGUUUUGGAAUAAUUUUAACAGGAUGGGGCUUUGGUGGAUUCAGAGAAGAACAACAAGACUGACGCUGCCUGCACUUUAUGUUUUGGACACUUUGUGGGCGAUUUAAAAAAAAAAAAAAAAAAAGUUUGGAAAGAUCAACUUCUCAUUCAUAAUACGACACUCGUUUUUGGUCCCCGCAAUUUUUAUUUUAGCACUGUUAUUGUCCUCCCCCCUCUCGCUCUUAUUCCCUCCUUCCUCUAGCUCUUGUUUUUAUCACCCCUUUACCCCAGGCUGAUCACUCUCCUCACUCUUCUUUUGGUUUUCAAGUACAGGGGGAUGGUUCUCCUCAGUUCUCAAGGCGGAGUGCACAACCGGAACCCGACACGUUGCGUUCCAAGACUUGGACCGUUCUUUAAACUCCCUCGCAACGGCAACCGCCACCCGCCAUCGCCUGCUGCGCAGAACGGUCACUGACUAUUGGACUUUAUAAACUAAGGACUUAACCGUGUGUCAAUGGAGGAAAA